AUGGACAAACUCUGCUCCGCAGCCAUUGACUCUGGUCCUAACUAAGCACUACAAUUUGUGAUUGGUUAUUCCCUUCUUGCUGUUUCACUUUGUUUUGUCUGUAGAAAAUGGGGAAACAACUGGUCAAAUAUUUUGUGGUGGAUGCAUUCACGGAUUCAGCUUUCAAAGGGAACCCAGCAGCUGUAUGUUUAUUAGAAGAAGAUAAAGACGAUGAAUGGUUGCAAUCUGUUGCAGCUGAGUUCAACAUUUCCGAAACCUGCUAUUUGACUCGCCUCACUCGUUCUCAUACAAAUUCUUCUAAUCCCAGGUUUACUCUUAGGUGGUUUACUCCUGUUGCUGAGGUUGAGCUUUGUGGUCAUGCAACCCUAGCAGCUUCACACACCAUAUUUUCUAAUGGUUUGGUAAAUUCUGACAUUAUUGAGUUUGAGACACUAUCUGGGAUUCUUACAGCUAAGAAGGUUCCUGAAAUCAGCAAAGACAAUGUCCCAACUGCUCAAAAUGGUGAAGCAAAUCAUUGCUUUCUCAUUGAAUUAAAUUUCCCAACUGCCUCAACUGCUGAAUUCAACUCUGUUGAUCUUGCGCCAAUUUCUAAAGCCUUAAAUUGUGAUUCCAUAAUCGAUAUAAGAAGGACUUCUACUUCAGACGACAUUUUUGUAGUGCUGCCAUCUGCUAAAGCUGUAAGUGAAUUACAGCCACAGUUUGACGAGAUACUAAAAUGUCCUGGAAGGGGAAUAAUUGUUACUGGAGUUGCUCCACCGGAAUCUGAAUUUGACUUUUACAGUCGAUUCUUCUGUCCUAAAUAUGGCAUUAAUGAGGAUCCAGUUUGUGGGAGUGCACAUUGUGCUUUAGCUCCUUAUUGGGGAAAGAAGCUGGGGAAGUGUGAUUUUUUGGCCUAUCAGGCAUCACCAAGAAGUGGAAUUUUGGACAUUCAUUUGGAUGAGGUGAAUGAGAGAGUGUUGCUGCGGGGGAAAGCUGUUACUGUUAUGCAAGGCUCUCUUUUGGUGUAAUAUUUUUGAGCAUUGCUCUUAUUCAAAAAGGUUUGUUGUCUCUUUUAGAGCAGAAAAAUCUUUUGUUGGAUCCAUAAAAUUUAAAUAAUAUUCAAAAUCUGGCUUCUAAA